AUGGCCCCUUUCUCUUACCAUCACACCCAUCCCCAGGAUAUGUGGUAUGUCCUGACUGGAAUCCCAGGACUGGAAGAUUCUCAUACCUGGAUCUCCAUCCCUAUCUUUUCUAUGUACAUGUUAGCUGUCAUAGGCAACAUCUUCUUGAUCUUCCUGAUUGUAACUGAGCGCCGUCUCCAUGAGGCUAUGUAUAUCUUCCUUUCCAUGCUGGCCUCAUCAGAUGUGCUCUCCACAACCACAGCCUCCAGGAUGCUGGCCAUCUUCUGGUUCCAUUCCAUGGAUAUAUCCUUUGGUAGUUGUGUAUCUCAGAUGUUCUUCAUCCAUUUCCUCUUUGCGGUAGAUUCUGCUAUUCUCCUGGCCAUGGCAUUUGACUGCUAUGUGGCCGUCUGUCACCCACUGAGAUAUACCACAAUCUCAACCUCCUCAGCCACUGGGAAAAUUGGCAUCACAGCUGUGGUCAGGAGCUUUAUCAUCUGUUUUCCAUUCAUCUUCCUGGUACACCGACUUUCAUAUUGUGGGAGAAACAUCAUUCCCCAUUCUUACUGUGAGCACAUGGGCACUGCCAGAUUGUCAUGUGACAAUAUCAGUGUCAACAUCAUUUAUGGCCUGACUGUGGCCCUACUGUCUACAGGACUAGACAUUGUGUUCAUCAUUAUGUCCUAUGCGAUGAUCCUUUGCACAGUUUUUCAGAUAUCUUCCUUGUCUGCCCAAUUCAAGGCCCUCAACACAUGUGGUUCUCACAUCUGUGUCAUACUUAUGUUCUAUGCUCCAGCAUUCUUUUCCUUUUUUGCCCAUCGCUUUUGGGGUAAAACCAUCCCUCAGCACAUCUACAUCCUUGUAGCCAACCUCUAUGUGGUAGUGCCCCCUAUGCUAAACCCCAUCAUUUAUGGGGUGAAGACCAAACAGAUUCAAGACCGAAUAAUUUUGCUUUGCUCCCCCAUCAGCACACAUGUGAAAAUGAAGAAUAAUGCUAAAUGCUGCUUUGACCCCAGGUUCCAGCAGGAGACACUUACCCUCCGAGAAAAUAUAGAGAAGGUUUCACCAUCAUCCAUGGAGAGUAGGGGGAGAAAGAGUGAACUGCAACAGAAGAAAACCAAGAAAGGCUCUCCCAGAGAUACUUCCGGCCUAUUGGCAGAGAGUCCAGCAGCAAAUGGCUCAGAGUUCAUGACAUUGAAGAGGGCUGUUAUAGAGGGUGCAGAUAGAAAGAAGAGGCAUGGCCAGCAUGAGAUGGAAGUGAAUGAGAUGAGAAUCUCAGGAGGAGAAAGAGUGGAUGACAAGUGA